AUGUCUUCCACGCCGUCUCAACCCCCACCCGCCACCGGGCCCUCUGCGCAAUCGGACCCCGCCACGUUCGCUCACAUCGAGAACUACAUCUCAACCCGCGGCAACGCAUCCCCAAUCUACGCCUUCCUCUUCAACCCCGGCCUGAAGCUCACUCACGCCUCAAAAGGCCUCAUAAUCGCGCGUCUGCCCGUCACCGCGAACCACCUGAACUCGUCGGGCAGUAUUCACGGCAGUGUCUCGGCGACCAUCGUGGAUUGGGCGGGCGGCUUGGCGAUUGCGGCGUGGGAUCUCCGUGAGGCGACGGGGGUGAGCGUCGAUAUCAACAUCAGCUACCUCUCAGGCGCCAAAUUGGGCGACGAGAUUGAGAUUGAGGGCAAGGUUGAGAAAGUUGGAGGCAGUUUGGCGUUCACUCACGUCAACAUCUACAAAGUCAACGCUGCGGAUGGGACGAGGGGCGCUACUGUGGCAAAUGGAAGGCACACCAAGUUUGUGAGAAGUCGAUAG